UCUUCUUUACUCCGUGCGGCUAAAUUCAGUCUUGACAACAGUUUCUGUCAGAGGGAGAAGGACAUUGGAGCGGACUAAACAAACUCAUCUGACCUGAAUUAACUGGAACACGCUCAAUAAUUCCCGGAGGACCUUACGGCUAAAACAGAAAGGAGGAUAUAUUUUACGAUGUGAUGUCUGAUGUUCGUAUAAUCGAGUCAUGACCUAAAAACCCACAAACAUGAAGUCCAGAACGAAAGCAGUUUCUUGGAGUGGCGUUUUGCUCCUGGUACUCCGGACAUGUGCAAGUGGACAACAGUCCUGUCUUGUAGAGAAGAUGAGACCAGAGCUACAAACUCCAAAUGAAACACAGUCCCAGCUGACCCUCAACAGUGCCUUUAUGACUCCAAUCGUACAUUCAUUCCUGGGACUUGUCCAGCCCAAUCCAUUCCCUAAAGAUCUGCUGGUCAGAAUGAUAAACAACUUUAAUUCAAACACGCAAACGGAGAUGGUUAAAGAGGUUUUAAAUUACGAGAAAGGUUUUCUGGUUUGCGUGGCCAUUGGGAUCCUCUACAUUGUCCUGAUGCCUCUAAUUGGCCUAAUCUUCGCCUGCUGUCGUUGCUGUGGUAAUUGCGGGGGCCGUAUGCAACAAAAACAGACAUCCAGCACAAACUGCAAGCGAAGAAGCAUUUACUGCUCCACAUUUAUCAUCACUGUACUUAUUCUGGCAGGGAAUAUUUGCAUGUUCCUGAGCACUACAUACACCUCAGAGACUGUGAAGAGCAGCUCCAAUGAAAUCACAGGCAUCUUAGAUGAUGUCAAAGGAUAUGUUAGUUCUAUUCCUCAGCAAAUACAACAAGUGUUGGAUGAGAGCUUUUUGACGGUGGAUCAAGUCAAAAACAAUUUAAAUGAAACAGGACCUUUGCUUGGUGGAUUGAUCCAAAAUGGCCUUAAAGAUUCCCUCAACCCAGCAUUCAACUCUAUUACUCAAAUAGCACAAGUGAUAAACAGCACCAGCACUGGACUCCUGCAUGUCAAUGAAACCUUGGGGCAACUGAAACCCAAGAUUGAUGCUCUGAAAACUAAUUUUUCAGCAGUGAGGCAGCGGAUUAACAACACUAUGAAUCAGCCAGAAUGUAUGAACUGCUCUUCCCUCCAGCAAGUAGUGGACAAACUAUCACUGGAAGGAAGUCUUGAAUUUUCAGAUCAAAAUGACCUGAGUUCUGCCGUAGACAAGGCUAGAAAUGCUGAUGUCAUCGGACAGGCAAAUAAGGGCAGAGACUUCUUUGACAGUAUUCCACAAAAGGUGAAAAAUGAGACCCAAGGAAGUGUGGAGUCGGCUCUUUCGAAGCUUAACGACAUAAAGGGCCAGAUUUCAGGUGUGUCCAAAGACCUUCCUCUUGACUUUUUGAAGACUAUCCCAAAAGAAAUAUCCACCUUACAGCAGUCUGUGUCAGUGUAUUCUCCAGAGGUAGAGAGAGCAAGUCUAAUUAGCCGGGCUAUUGGACUGAUCCUGAGCUGUCUGAUUUUGCUGGUGGUGGUCUGUAAUUUUCUGGGCCUGCUGUUGGGUGCAGUUGGAUUAAAUGCUAAACAAAGUCCAACUGAUCGCUCCGGCACGUCCAACUGUGGUGGAGUAUUCUUGAUGGUAGGCGUAGGCUUCAGUUUCCUGAUCUCCUGGAUCUUCAUGUUAGUGGUGUUGAUACUUUUCAUUGUGGUUGGUAAUACCUACACCCUGGUUUGUGUACCAUGGCAGAGCAAACAACUCAUUCAGAUUAUUGACACUCCAGGAAUGAUUCCAGGGUUCAACCUGUCCAAGAAUUUGAAUUUGAAAAUAAGCCUGAACAUUUAUGAUAUCUACAGCAAUUGUGAACAGAACGCACCCUUGUGGACUACACUUCAUCUAAAUGAGCUCGUCGACCUAAAUAAGUACUUAAAUGUUUCAAAUUACACGCAGGAGAUUUAUCAGAGCUUUGAGGCAGCGCAAAUCAACAUAGCAAACAUCACCAUUCUCAGUCCGGAUAUAAAGUCCCAGCUCAACAACUUCUCUAACAGUGCCAGCACUAUGAACUUCAGCACCAUUAUUCAGCAUAUCAAUGAUGUGUCAGGGACUAAUCUAAGCUCAGCAGCGGACAGUUUGGAUUUUUUGGCUGGCAAACAGAGCAAUCAAAAUAUCUCAAACCAACUGCAUGGGGAAGCUAAAGAUCUGCGAGACAUCCAGGCUGACAUCACAUCUAACAUAAUGCCUUUGCUGCUGGAGCUGAACUCCACCAUUAAUAAUCUCAGCGCAGUUGCAUCUCAAAUCAAUGCAUCUGUUCAGAAUGUUCUCCAAAAUGUUGGCUAUGCUCAGGAAAUUUUGAACUACAACAUAUCUCAAAUAGUGAGAGCUGAGAGCAAGGUGUUCGUAGACUGUCAGAUGAAGAUCUUUCUGGCAUAUAUCCAGUGGGCAAAUCAGACGAUCACAGGAAAUGUUGGUCGUUGUAGACCUGCAGCUGCAGCAAUAGACAGAACAGAGAAUCUUCUCUGUAAACACCUAGUAGGAUCUUUGAACGCCUUUUGGUUCAGUUUGGGCUGGUGUAUGUUGUUCCUGAUCCCCAGCAUCAUUCUCUCUGUUAAACUGGCCAAGUACUACCGCAGGAUGAAGUAUUCAGAUGUGUAUGAGAACAAUAACUUACCGAUGCAUCCUUUCCCAAAGGCCAAUCUCAAACCUGAGUUUGUUGAAAAUGCGAAACAAUGAUGUGUACUGUACAUCAUAAAAAAAUGACUGACACACACUCUUAUCCUUCAAUCCGUCUGAUCAACUAGAUGGAAGAAGAUAGGCAGCGAAUAUAGAAAAUAUAUGCCAAAAAUGAUUUUAAUUAAUUUUUUUAACUUAUAGUGGCACAAAUUGUUCAUUUCAUUUCUUUUGUCUAAUGAUUUCAACACUUGGCUGUAUCCGAAAUCACCCUAUAUACCCUUAUUCACUACUCCCUAAAUUAUUCCACUAAUAGUCCACUUAAAGGAGUGAGUAAAAAGGAGCGAGUUUGUUUGCUGUUUUGUUUGUGCUUUGCUAGAUAAAUCCCUCAGAUAUAUUAGAUUUUCAAAUUAUUGGUUAGGCUUUUUGAUAACUAUUUAACAUUUAGCAAGCUAGAUAUUAGUUAUGAAACAAAGUAUUUAGAUUUUUGCCAUGUAAACAAACUUGAAUUUAACAAUUAAAUGACAAUUUUAUGAAAUCAUUUCAACAGGAUUCCAUUUUAGCCUUCCAGUUUUUAGAUUUCCACUUUCAGUUGUGGAAAUUGAUACUGACACUGUCCAUUUUCACAGUGCAUCAUGUGUAUUCUCUAGCCGUUAACUGUACAUUUGUCAUACACUUAUUAUUGCGAUCCAUUGUAGGAUUGAUGCACAUCCACUAUGGUUUAAGACACCAUUACAAAUGGCUGCUCCUUCAAAUGGUGCACUAUUUAAGGGUAUCGUGGGCGAGUUUUGGAUGCAGCCUAAAUAUGUAUAUGAAAAGCACAUCUUUACUGUUACACAUGUGAGGUUUUUGUAUUGUAAUUGGAGUCUGAACAUUUGAAAGCACUUUAUAAGGUCCUUUGAUUUAUAUUUAUAUUUAUGAUUUUUCCCAAGACGUAACAGAGAUAUUCUGUUAUGGAUAUCGUUGUUUUAUUUAUAAAUAUAACAUUUCAGUAAUACUCUUCUAAUAAGGAGUACUUUGAUGAAUAACUACAGUAAUAUCCAGACAGGCAGAUAAUAUUGUUCUGUUUACUAUAAGCACACACUCCAAUUUUGUAAUGUAUAUUUAAAUGUUCCAACUUUUUAAUGAGUUAAAAUGAGUUUAAUGAGUCGUCCAAUGACACUUUACUUUAAAUUUGACCCUGAAAUGGUUUAAUUUUUUUUUUGUUGAACAACAAAGAAUUUUUUUGAGGUAUGUGGUACUAGUAGUCACAUACAAAUACUAUAGAUUUUCAAUGGUUACCCAUUUCCAACAUUCUUCAAAAUAUCUUCUGAGUACAACAGAAAAUAAAAUAUUUGAAGUAAUUCAUUCAUUUAAUUAAUUAAAACUAUGUUCUGUUAUAAGCCAUUGUCAUUAGUUGUUGACUCAACUAUUAUUUUAAAUGUACAAUUCUUUUUUUUAAAACCACAUCAUUCUUCAUUUGAAUGGGCCUUAAUUGAGAAGAGCACUGGAUUCUGAAGUCUGUUAAACAUUUCUUCCUUUUGUUAUGCAUUAAUCACAGUAAUAAGAGUGCUCACACAUCCAUGCUGAAGCUGUUUGUUUGGUGUAAAUCAUUUCUUACCUCAGUAUGUUUAGCUGGAGUAGAAACCAUGCCCCCACAACACACUAUUCCUGUGACUGAGGCCUCAAAGCACUACUGCAUACACAUUUUAACAUUUAAUAAUACAAGAUAUAGUAAUAAUGAACAUGGAUUAUAUUGUUGUUAUUGACUCAAAAAAGAAGACUAUUGCUUCUUGUUCAACUUAUUUAAAUGAGCUGAAACAACACAACUUUAGAUUUUUUUAAGGGGCAACUUAAUUGUUUUAUGUUCAAUCCACUUAAAGUUGCAAAAACUUUACAAUUUGUGUUGGGACAACAUGAAGGAAUUGCGUGAAACACAGCAACAUAAAACCGUUACCUUAUUAGUUUUUUUUUAAAUUUAAGUAGAUUGAACUUCAAUCAAUUGUAAAAAAAAA